AUGCUGCAUUUCUCCCAUUUAUUGGGGGUGGUGAUGGUUGCAUUGCUCAUCAAUGCCUUGCGCAAAGGGUACCAAGUCCGGAAGAGAUUCCAGGCUUUAAAAUACCAAGGAAUUCCAAUCAUGAAGCACUCGAUGAUCCUGGGCCACCUUCAAGUUGUUGGAAAGCUCGUUUCCUCUCUUCCAUCAGAUGCUCAUGGUGGCUAUUUGAUGAUGAUGAUCCGUGAGAAUUGGCGUGAACUUUUCCCACAAUGCACCAAGUGCCCGCCUGUUGCCUGCAUCGACACAUGGCCUUUCACCAGACCAAUGCAAUAUUCCUUGCCCAAGGCAUAUGAACAGAAGCAUGUUCUUUAUCCUUUGACAAAGAAUCUCGACAUCGCUUCCAUGGAGGGCGAAGAGUGGAAGCUCUGGCACAAGAGACUCAACCCGGCCUUUAGUAUUCAGAACAUCAACAGUCGGAUCCCAGACAUUCUGGAAGAAGUUGAAGAUUUCGCCGCCGUGCUUAAGAAUAAGGCCGGUAAGGAUGGUCAUUGGGGGGAGGUCUUCUACUUUGAGAAGGCCACCACAAACCUUACCCUGGAUGUCAUCAUCCGAUUCUUCCGGAACAUCCGCAUGAACGAGCAGUGGGGAAAGAGCUCUCCCAUCUGCAACGCUCUACAAGACAGCAUUUCCCGAUUAUACUUCUUCGUCAACAUUGGCAAUAUUGUUCAGAAUCCAUACGCUAUCAUACCAACGUUGGCACAAUGCGCCGUGGUGAGCCAGGCUUUUUUCCUUGUUGGUCCUCCUGGUUCCGAUUCUGGCUUCGGGGGCAAGAAGAUGCCCACCGAUGGUUUCAUCGUUUGGGACGGCUCAUGGGCCAUUCAUCAUGACCCUGAACUCUGGCACAGGCUGGAUGAGUUUCUGCCAGAGCGAUUUCUUACAACUGACCACCAGAAUCCAUUGUAUGCGCCGCCCAAUGCUUUGCGAUCUUUCGAAGCCGGGCCCCGAAAUUGCAUUGGCCAGCAUCUUGCUAUCCUUGAGAUCAAGCUGGCCGUGGUCCUGGUGGCGAGAUGCUUUGACAUUGAGGUUGCAUGGGAGGAAUGGGACCGAGUCAACUCACUCAAGCCCAUCUUAGUGGAACGCAUGGCUCCAAAAAAGCGCCGGAAAUUUGGGGAGAUCGUUGUUAUCAAGUUGGAGGAGAUUCACCACCAAGAAUCAAGAGUCGCAUGCCUGUACACGUCAGAGUUCGUGAACAAUAGCAUAGUCGUUGACUAA